ACGAUGAGGCCACAAAAGAUCAGGCUUAAUGUGGAAGAUGAUGUACAAAUUGUGACUGUAAGAAAAACUCUGAAAGUCACAAAGCCUCGUUUUGAUGCGUCCCUAGUUUACUUGACCCGAAAAUUCAUGGAUCUUGUAAAAACUGCUCCAGAUGGUGUACUUGAUUUGAAUGAGGUAGCAACAACUUUAGGAGUGCGAAAAAGAAGAGUAUAUGACAUCACCAAUGUAUUGGAUGGAAUUCACCUUAUACAGAAAAGAUCUAAGAACCUUAUCCAGUGGGUAGGAUCUGACCUUGAUCAUGUUGCUGGAAAGGCACCAGAGCAACAAAAACUCAGAGAUGAACUUUCUGACUUAUCCGCCAUGGAAGAAGCUCUUGAUGAAUUAAUUAAGGACUGCGCUCACCAGUUGUUUGAAUUAACGGAUGAUAAAGAAAAUGCAAAACUAGCUUAUGUUACAUAUCAAGACAUCCAUAGUAUUCAGGCCUUUCAAGAACAGAUUGUUAUUGCAAUCAAAGCUCCAGAAGAAACUAAACUGGAAGUGCCAGCUCCUAAAGAGAAUUGCAUAGAAGUACGCAUAAAAAGCACAAAGGGGCCUAUUGAUGUAUAUUUGUGUGAGGUGGAACAAGAAAACCCAGGGGCCAAAACUUUUGAAGAUAUGGGUACUCUGACAUCUGAAACUAAAUCAGCAGUACCUCUUGAUGAAGAGCCGAGGGAGAAAACCAGCAGCGCCUGGGAGGCUGCUGUUACCGACUCCCAAUUAGAGCAGGGGGCAGUGGAACAGACACCCAGGGAAGCUGUGAACUCUCCAACACUGGAGGUGUUCAAGAAGAGCCUCCGGACAUCGCAUUCAAGUCUAGAAAAGAUGCCAAGGAGGGCAAGAGUCACCCCUAAAGAACGUGUCGCUCAGUUUGGCAAGGAUAAAUUUCACACUGACGGUUCUGUGCUAUUCUGCACUGCAUGCAGCAAGGCUGUAGAUCACGUUCGAAAGCAGACGAUUGUAGAACACGUCGAAAGCGCUAAGCAUAAACAGAAUGAAAAGAGACAAAGAGAAGAUGCUGAAACUGCAGGGCCAUCGGCAACAUUAAAGAAACAAUGCAUUGUGACUGCACCAUUCCAGAGUUCUACAGUUGCCAAAGACCACUGUGACACUGUCACUUUAGAUUUUUUUCGAAUGUGUUUAAAAGCAGACUUUCCUCUGCAUAAAAUGGAUUUACCUGUUGUCAGGGAUUUUUUAAGCAAGCACAUUAAGGGAGGCAGUGCUAUUCCCAAGUCCGACGAGUUUUAUUCUCACCUACCAGCUCUUUUUGAAGAGGAAAAACAGCGCCUUCUUAAUGACUUUGAGGGAAACUUCAUUGCCGUGAUCGCCGAUGAAACAGCCGACUUCCAAAAUAGACCAGUUUUCAACAUUUUAUUUCAGGUGCUCAAGGUACGUCCUCCUAAGCAUGCUGACAUUCCUGCACCACAGCUGGUAAAGACAGUGUGCCUGGGGAAAGUUAAUCAUGCCACCAUUUCACAAGCCUUGAUUUCUUGUAUGGUGGAAUUCAGCAUCCCACUUGAGCGAAUAUUAACAUUUGUAACAGACAGCACAAGCUACAUGGUGAAGGCUUGGAAUGAUGUGCUUCGCAAUCUGUGGUUGAACUGUGUACACAUUUGUUGCUAUGCACAUAUAGUAGCUCUGGCAGGAAAUACUUGGCGAGAUGCCUUCAAGCAAGUGGAUCACUUAGUGGCUCUGAUGAAGUCACUUUUAGUGAACGCUCCAGGUUGUCGUGCACGGUUCUUGAGAUACCUGAAGGAACAGAGUGUUGAUUCACCAACACUUCCACCCAAGCCAGUUGUGACCAGGUGGAAUACAUGGUUCAAUUGUGUAAAGUACCAUGCACAACACUAUCAGCUCUACCAUGGGUUUGUGGAGUAUGAACGAACAGAACAAGGGGAUACAUCUGUUCUGCAAGAACUAGCCAGCCUGUUAGCGGUAGAAGACUUGCACGCUGACCUGAAGUAUAUUGCAGAAAACUGUGGACGCCUGGUGACAGCACUGAACAUUUUAGAGUCCCAAAAACGUCAAAUACACAAGGUGUACAACACUGUCCUGGAUUUAAUUUCAUGGUUAGAGCAUCUUGCAUCAUCUACUGAUAAUGCAAAAGGGUCCACAGCAGCUCAAAGCACUGCUGAUAAACUAAGGCAGUACAACGUAAAAAGUAAACAGCCAGCAAUUGAUUUUCUCCGUGCUGUUCGUGCACUGGAUCCUAAACAAAUUGGCGCUGUUUAUACAGAUUAUGAAACUGUGAAACCGGAAUUAAAGCUGUCCAGUGAAUGCAAUAUGGAAUGGCCAGUGUAUUUAGGUCUUGUCAAAGAUGGGUUUGUAGAUGUUGACGAUCCCAUUCAGUUCUGGAUGGCUGUUGAAGAUCACGUUCCCAACCUGGCAAAAUACGCGGUGGUUCUCCUCCAACUGACUGUAAAUUCAGUUGGUGUAGAACGAAGUUUCAGCAAACUUGGGAUUCUUUUCAGUGCUCAACACCCGUCUCUGAAAGAGGAAAAUGUGGCUGGAAUACUGCAACUCUAUUUUAACAACCCAGACUAACUCAAAGCGAUUAAAUUUUCUGUGCAUUUUUAAAAACAAGCAGCUAGAACUUGGGGCAGAGCCCUGGACUAGCCUGAGGACUUUCUGUUUAUUUAAGAGGGAGAAUACCUUGCAGGUAUUAAUUCUGUACUUGAAAGGCCCAGCCAGCGAGUUUCUUCUGCAGAGUCUUUGAUUCUGCUCCAGGGUCCAGUGACUGGCAGAGAUCAACAGCCAUCAGGUAGGAGCAAGGACCAACGUACCCCAGCAGCUCACCAAGGGGCAGGACUGCCCCCCAGGAGCAGCUUGAAUCACAGCAAGGGCUGGUGCACACCAGCAAUUAGUUGAGAAGCAGGGACCACCCCCCCAGGAGCAACUUGCAGCCCAGUGAAUCCCAACAGCACACCUCAGCAGCUCACUGAGGAGCUGUGCCCCUGGAGUAGCUUACAGGGCUCACUGGUGGCCCCUCUAUCCAGCUAGUUAGGGUGAGGCAGGUAUAGAGUGGUAGGGCCCAGGACUCCCUGCACUUGGGUCGACCUCCUAAGUCCAGAGUGCUUGGGUUUGGUAGAAGCUCACAGAGGGGUGGGGUGUGGCAGGGCACUCCUGGCACCUGCCACUUCAGAAGUAAAUCAGGCUUCAGGAGCUACUCUAUGGGGAAGCUGCUGGCAGUCAGGCCAGUCACAUGACAGUUCAGGAGUGGGGCUAGCAGUCUAACUCCCAGCCAGAAGACAGAGCAGAUGGUCUGCUGCUGGCCAGGUAACAUCUUUUGGAAUGUGGACAGGACUGUAGGGGAGGUGGAGGUCCCAAUAGACCCAGGGAGAAGGUCCAGGAGUCCCUGGAAUGAUUGAGUGGCCCCAGGAAGGCUGAGGAGAGUGGAAAACCCAGGUGGGGCUGGACUAUAGAACUUAAGCCUUAAAGUUUAAAAGUGCUUUAAGCUGUACUUUGUGUUUCUUUUCUAUUUGUCCUAUAAUAAACCUUGCUUUUGUUGGUA